AAAUUUUCCAGAUGCCCCACCGCAGAGUUCAACUGAAGUUUUGGAUCAUACCCUGAACAAGUCUUGAUGUGUAAGCUCAUCUAAACUACAGUUUACUGGAUUUUAUAAUUAGGAGGGUGAUCUCCACAAGGUAUUAGACAGGAUGACAUUACAGGCAAUCAGAUAUGAAAGCGGUGAUCUAUCUAUAAUUGAUCAGCUGAAGCUCCCACACGUGGAAAAGUACGUCAAAGUACGAACAAGUGAAGAGGGGUGGCAUGCAAUCAAGGAUAUGCGAGUUCGCGGAGCACCUGCUAUCGCGAUUGUGGCUGCACUUUCUCUUGCAAGUGAACUCCAUGAGCUUGUGUCUACCAAUAAAUUAUCUACCAGUGUGGAAGAUGUUCAGGUGUUCAUCAGGGAGAAAUUACAAUAUCUUGUGAGCAGCAGGCCCACUGCAGUCAACCUCAGUGAUGCUGCUCGCAAGCUUGAAAAUCAAGUGAAACUAUGCGCCGAAACCGCCGGGUCAACAGGCCAUGGGGUCGCUACUGCGUUUAUCCACGCGGCGGAAUUAAUGUUGGCCAAAGACUUGGAAGACAAUAAAAGGAUCGGAGAAAACGGCGCAAGAUGGAUAUUGGAAAACUCCGUUCUUCGAGACUCAAUGGCCACGGUGCUUACACACUGCAAUACAGGCUCUCUUGCUACAUCAGGCUACGGCACUGCACUGGGCGUAAUUCGAUCAUUGGCUUCCGCAGGAGCUUUGGAACACGCCUAUUGCACAGAAACAAGACCCUACAAUCAGGGUUCCCGCCUUACUGCAUUCGAAUUGGUCCAUGAUCGUCUUCCUGCGACAUUGAUAACAGACUCAAUGGUGGCUGCCCUUCUUGGUAAAGAUGACUCCAACGUCAGUGCUAUUGUGGUUGGAGCGGACCGAGUGGCCGCCAACGGCGAUACCGCAAACAAAAUAGGAACAUACGGACUCGCGGUCACUGCAAAGCACCAUAAUGUAAAGUUUCUUGUGGCUGCUCCACUGACAACAAUAGAUAUGGCUACGCAAUCCGGUGGCAAGAUUAUGAUUGAAGAGCGUCCCGCCUCUGAGGUUACCAAUGUGAGAGGGCCACGUGAAGGAGCUUCCCAGGUUGAUGAACUGCAGUUGGAUACCAUAUGCAUAGCUGCAAAAGGUAUCAAUGUCUGGAAUCCAGCAUUUGACAUUACCCCCGCUGCUUUGAUUGAUGGUAUCAUAACGGAAAAAGGUGUGGUUGAGAAGGACGCAAGUGGGGACUUUCAUCUGGAACGCUUGUUCGAAGACUCUUCUGUGCCAUGUGCCCCCAUAGUGUGAUUUUUUUGACUGUGCUCGGAUUCUUCUGUGCUCUUGUACCUCCCAAUUUCAUUUAAUAACCCAUCAAUUCUGCAUUCAAUGGUGCUCAAAUGAUUUUCAAGUGCUUGCGCUGUCCUCUCGCCCCUACAAAUGGAUCAGAUAUGUCUAAAUAAGACGCGGGCUAGAGCAUCUGAAGCAUAAGAGAGCAAUCAAACAGGU